GGAAAUAUGUCGCCAUUUUCAAAGUUAUUAGCGUGCGCUCGGUCAGUGUGUACGCAGAUUCCCGUUCUUUUGUCGCGGUGCAAGCCUUGGCUGAGUCGGGCGCCUUAAAAUUGUUCCAAGGUAGUUCGGUAUCGAAUUACUGUUCUUUUUUGAGACAAUGUGCCCGUUGACCGGGAGCAGCGGAAGGUCUCCACUCGGGUCUCUGCCAAAAAACUCUGCGUUAUACGCGAGUUGCUGAUUCCGCUUCCAGCGUGCGAUGGAAUACCGUUGGUGGUGUUCGAUCUACGUGUUCAUCAUUUCUUUUUUCCUUCUUUGUUACUUGUUUCUGUGCAAGCUGUGUCGCCUGAGGACACAUAAGCGCAUCGACGCUGUUCGCAAAGCGUUGCUCGUGAUAGCCCAUCCGGACGACGAGUGUAUGUUCUUCGGGCCCUGCGUGAUCGGACUAUUAGAGCAGGAAUGCGAGCUCUAUCUACUGUGCUUAUCUAUAGGAGAUUAUUACAGACAGGGCAAAGAACGCAAAGAAGAAUUGCACAGCAGUUGUCGCACCCUUGGCAUCAGGAAUGACAACAUCAUAAUCGUGCAACACAGUAACAUGCCUGACGAUCCUGACUGCUUGUGGAGCUCGAGUCUGGUUGGAAGAAUUGUACAGAAGUACAUCAAAUGCUUGUCUGUAGAUGCGGUCAUAACUUUUGACCAUUUGGGAGUCAGUGGUCAUUUAAACCAUGUUGCAGUUCACAAUGGAAUUGUAGACCUGCUUAGGAAAGGUCGUAUUCCACCAGAAUGCAAAGUCUUUGCACUGGAGUCUGUCAACAAACUGAGGAAGUACUGCAGUCUACUGGAUGUUCCACUAAGCUACAUCCUAUCGGAUCAUGCCUAUGUCCUGCCAUGGAGUAUGGUGUCCCUUGUAAAGGCAGCAUUGCACGAGCACAAGAGCCAGAUGCUGUGGUUUCGCCAUCUGUACAGCUACUUUUCGCGCUACAUGGUGAUCAACACGCUGUUUGAGGUGAAAGUGGAGAAAAGGAAAGAAGACUAAAGGUUGAAUUUCUCCAAGAAGUGUCCUCGACUUUUUACCCUUUUAUCCAUCAAAUUUAGUGCUCAAGUCAUUGUGCCUCGGGCACAAAUGUUGACAGCCAUGACGGCCGGCAUUCACCUGGGACUUCUAGUGACUCAUCAUCUCAAGUUCCUACCAGACUCAUCAUCUCAAGUUCCUACCAAAGGCUCAGUGAAGUUGUGGUGUGCUAAAAAUACGAAACAAAUGUGAGCUUUUUUUCUUUUACAUUGAGAAUAAAGGAAUGUUUGGACUUA